AUGGGUCGCAUACCGUGCGUACACAUUGCACAAUUUGCGCAAAGCUCCGAAGACCAAGUAGUACUGAACAGACGACAAGAAUUCAUGCUAGCCUUACGUCAUGCAGUGGAUAAAUUGUUAUCACUGAACGCAUUAAAACAGACAAAAUACGCUGCAGUCAAAAAUUUGACACACACAACUUUGGUAUGUGUGCACAAGGUGAUAACGUACUCAGACGUCGACGACUUAGAGAAGACUUCGGAAUGGGCUCCGAGAAAGGAUGCAAAAGAUGCCGUUAAAGACAACUCGUUCCAGAAAUAA